AUGUCACUUUUGGUUUCGAUUAUAUUUUUUUUAUUUGUUAAUAAUGGUCUUACCAUUGAUUGUCCAAAUUCACCAUCAAAAUGGUGUGAAACAAAAGAAAUUGCUCAAGCUUGUGAUGUAUUUGAACAAUGUCAAAUAUAUGUUUGGAAAAUUCGUGCAGAAAGUGAUCGUGUUAAUUUAUCCAUUUAUUAUGAAACACUCUGCCCUGAUUGUCGACAAUUUAUAACAACACAAGUUUGGAAUACUUAUCAAUCUAUACUUGAUAUUGUUAAUAUAACAUUUGUUCCAUAUGGAAAUGCUCGAGAAUUAUAUCGACCAGAAACAAAACUUUAUCAAUUCUAUUGUCAACAUGGUCCUGAAGAAUGUUAUGGAAAUUUAAUUCAUACUUGUGUUUUGAAUUUCUAUCCAAAAAGUGAACAACAUAUGCCAUUUAUUUAUUGUACGGAAUCAACUGACGGUGAUGUUGAAACUGUAGCAACACAAUGUGCACAAAAAUCAACAAUUGAUUAUGAUCAAAUUACUGCUUGUACUCAUAGUCGAUUAGGUAAUCAAUUACAACAUGUAUAUGCUGUUCAAACUGAAAAUCUUCAACCACCACAUCAAUAUGUCCCUUGGAUAACACUUAAUGGUGAACAUACAGAUGAUAUGCAAAAACAAGCUGAAAAAGAUCUUAUUGAACUUAUUUGUAAAUCAUAUAAAGGAUCUGAUCCACCUGUUCAAUGCAAAAAAAACUUAUGA